GAGCAAAUGUAUUCAUGUUCAGGUAUUCAUGUGGAGGUCGCGAAUUCAACAUCGUCAAAGGAUUUGAAUCACACGAACUCAGUAAAUCAAUCGCGCGGGCAGGCAGUCAAUCAGCGGGGAAACCUAUUGAUUCAUAAAAUCCGCAUCCCACACAUUCUCUCUUUCGUACAUAUACACGCGCCUGCAGAUCCCCCCUCUCUCUCUUAGAGAGGCAGAGAGGCUGACUCCUCCUUCCCUUCCUUCUCUCACUUGUGUCUCCUUGUUGGCGGUACAGUAUAACACAAGCAUACAGAUCAGGGACCGACGGUGGAUGGGGAAAGGCAGUAGCCGCAGCAGCAGCAGUCGGACGUACCGACCGAAGGAUGCUCCAGCACCAUGACUUGCUCGGCGUCAGAUAGCGAGAAGAUCGUCAUCAACUGCGGUGGAAUUCGACACGAGACCUACCGGAGCACCCUAAAGACGUUGCCGGGGACGCGUUUGUCUUGGCUGACAGAGCCCGACGCCUACAGCAACUUCGACUACGAUCCCAAGUCCGACGAGUUCUUCUUUGACCGCCACCCGGCCACCUUCGCCUUCAUCCUCAACUACUACCGUACCGGCAAGCUCCACUGCCCCAACGAUGUCUGCGGGCCGCUCUUCGAGGAAGAGCUUGCCUUCUGGGGCAUCGAUGAGACGGACGUGGAGGCGUGCUGCUGGAUGAAUUACCGACAGCACCGUGAUGCAGAAGAAGCCCUGGACAGCUUUGAGACUCCCGAACCGGAUCCACCCGAGGACGACCCUGCACUCACCGGCGGAGCGGAUGGCGACCUGAAACGUCUGUGCAUGCAGGAGGACGGCCGCAGGGCGACACGGUGGGAGGUGUGGCAGCCCUGGAUGUGGGCACUGUUUGAGGAUCCCUCUCUCCUUGUGCAUCAGGUCAGUUUGAGAGUCUAA